AAUGUAGAGAUGCUCUGCCUUGUGAUAUUAAAGUACGUCACAGGCACACAUUCUUCACACAAUCGUCUGCACACAAAGCCAGAAAGAUCCGCGUUAUACACGAUUUAACUGGUGGAAGGAAUGAGGACAUGAGCACUUUGCUGUUUUUCAAUCAAGGUGGAAUAUAAGGAGUAAUUCGUCUUGGAAUAUAACAUUGCGGUUUGUUGCUGUAUUUUCUGGAGAAAAUCCACCGGACAGAACAAUGAGACGGCAAGUAUCGCUGUUUUUCUUCGUUUCGUCACUCGGUUUUGUUGUUGGUCAGGUCAGCUACUCCAUCCCCGAGGAAAUGACAAAAGGAUCUUUAGUCGGUAACAUAGCGCAGGAUUUGGGGUUAGAUGUGAAAAGACUCAAAUCAGGCAAAGCUCGCAUUUACACGGAGGACAAUGUGGAGUACGUCGACCUGAAUAAAGACAGAGGAGUCCUGCUCGUGAAGCAGAGAAUCGACAGAGAGGCGCUGUGUGCGCAGACGACACCCUGCGCCUUACACCUUCAGAUAACACUGGAAGAGCCGAUUGAAUUUUAUACGGUUACAGUCGAAAUAAAUGACAUUAACGACAACGCGCCCAGCUUUAAAAAGGAGGAAAUGAAAUUUAAAAUCAGUGAGUCGGCUGCGGUUGGAGCUAAAUUUGUGCUGGAGAGAGCGAUGGAUCUAGAUGUAGGUGUGAACGGGCUGCAGGGUUAUUCUUUAAAUCCCACCGAUAAUUUUCAUCUAAAAUUACAAAAUCAGCAGGACGGGAGCAAAAAGGUAGAGAUGGUUUUACAAAAAUCGCUGGAUAGAGAGGCGCAGGGUCACCUCUCCUUAACUCUCACAGCGACUGAUGGAGGUGAUCCGCAGCUCUCGGGAACAAUGCGAGUAGAAAUAUCUGUGCUGGAUGCGAACGACAAUGCGCCCGUUUUUACGCAGGAAAUCUAUAAAGCCGCUGUAGCAGAGACCGCUCCUAAGGGCGCAAUUAUGAGCACCGUCAGUGCUGUAGAUGCAGAUCACGGUUCAAAUGGAAAGGUGUCUUAUUCGAUAACAAACACUCUGGAUGACGUCCCGUUGUUGUUUUCAAUCGACGAAGAAAAAGGCGUGGUAGUUUUGAUCGGCACCCUAGAUUAUGAAAAGGCGCAGCACUAUGAAAUACACGUGCAAGCAAGUGAUGACGGAGGAUUAACAGAUUCAUGUAAGGUUAUUGUUGACGUGACUGAUACCAACGACAAUAAACCGUCUAUAAAUAUCAUGUCCAAAACGAAUGCCAUUUUAGAAAAUACCCAGCAGGGAACAGUAGUAAGCAUAUUUAAUGUGCAAGACCCAGACUCUGCAGAAAAUGGCAAAGUGUCGUGUAAUAUUGAUCAACGCCUUCCAUUUCUGAUGAAAACAACAACAAAAAAAUUCUUUAGUCUCGUAACAGAUGGCGAUUUGGACAGAGAGAGAUCCUCUGAGUAUAAUAUCACAGUGACCUGCUCUGAUGAGGGAGUGCCCUCCCUCUCCAGCAGCGUCACUCUGACCUUACAGAUCUCAGAUGUGAAUGAUAACGCGCCUGUCUUUGACAAGAGCUCAUAUGAGGCCUACAUUGUAGAAAACAACACACCAGGCCUCUCUAUAUUCACAGUGAAAGCCACAGAUGCUGACUGGAACCAGAACGCGCGUGUUUCUUAUAUACUGGAGGACUCCGCUGUUAACGGAGUGUCCGUCUCUUCAUAUGUGUCAGUUAGUGCUGAUAGUGGAGUCAUCCACGCAGUGCGCUCUUUGGACUACGAGCAGAUCAAGGACUUCCAGUUCCGCAUCAAAGCGCAGGAUGGAGGCUCCCCUCCACUCAGUAGUAACGUGACUGUGAAAAUAGUGAUCCAGGACCAGAACGACAACGUUCCUCAGGUUCUGUACCCGGUCCAGACUGGGGGCUCUGUGGUGGCUGAGAUGGUUCCUCGUUCAGCAGAUGUGGGCUAUCUGGUGACUAAAGUGGUGGCUGUUGAUGUGGACUCUGGACAGAAUGCCUGGCUCUCCUAUAAACUGCAGAAAGCCACAGACAGGGCGCUGUUUGAAGUGGGUUUACAGAAUGGAGAAAUAAGAACUAUCCGCCAAGUCACUGAUAAAGAUGCUGUCAAACAAAGACUGACUGUGUUCGUGGAGGACAAUGGGCAGCCCCCUCGUUCAGCUACAGUCAUUGUUAACGUGGCGGUGGCAGACAGCUACCCUGAAGUGCUGUCGGAGUUCACUGACUUUACGCACGACAAGGAGUACAAUGACAACCUGACUUUUUACUUAGUGCUGGCUUUGGCUGUAGUUUCCUUUCUCUUCAUCACGUGUUUAGUGGUUAUUAUAUCAGUGAAAAUCUACAGAUGGAGACAGUCUCGCAUCCUGUAUCACUCCAGUCUCCCGGUGAUUCCAUAUUAUCCACCACGUUACUCAGACACUUUGGGGACAAGGACUCUGCCACACAUGUACAACUACGAGGUGUGCAGGACGACUGACUCCAGAAAGAGUGACUGUAAGUUCAGCACAGCCGGUAGUCAGAAUGUGCUGAUAAUGGACCCCAGUUCUACAGGAACCAUGCAGCGGAUACAGAGUGAAAAGAACAUCCUGGAUGAACCAGACUCUCCUCUAGAGGUUGGUUAUUUUAAUUAUUUCAUACCUAAAAGUUAUGCUGCCUGUCAUAAAUACUUUUAG